AUGGCCCGGCUCGGCGGGGGAACGGGGCAGGAUGCUGCUGCUGCAGGAGGGGGCUGGCUGGACCCAGGCCCCGAGGCGGGGAACGUCAGCACGGAGCCCUCCAGCAUCACGUCCCACCCCAAGCAGGGCUGUGCCUGGAGCCCCCGUUCCGAGGGUGCCGAGGAGCCGCUGCUGCUCCCCACCUUCUCGCCCGCGGCCCAGGCCCGCGUGGCAGCCACCUUCGUGCUCUUCGUGCUCUCGGCCGGCUGCAACGUGGCGGUGCUGCGGGCGGCGGGGGGCCGGGGGGGCGGCGGGCGCUCCCACAUCCGCCUGCUGCUGCGGCACCUGGCUGCCGCCGACCUGCUGGUGACGGUGGUGGUGAUGCCGUCGGAUGCCGUCUGGAACAUCACGCUGCAGUGGCGGGCGGGCGACCUGGCCUGCCGCCUCCUCAUGUACCUGCGCCUGCUGGCCAUGUACGCCUCCGCCUUCGUCACCGUCGUCAUCAGCCUGGACCGGCAGGCCGCCAUCCUGCGCCCGUUGGCCAUCGCCCGCGCGCGCCGCAGGAACCGCGCCAUGCUCCGUGCCGCGUGGAUGCUCAGCGCUGUGCUCGCUGCGCCGCAGCUGUUCCUCUUCCACACCGUCACCCUGCACGCCCCGCACAACUUCACGCAGUGCACCACGCGCGGCAGCUUCCCGCAGCCCUGGCACGAGACCCUCUACAACAUGCUGAGCUUCUCCUGCCUCUUCCUGCUGCCGCUGCUCAUCAUGGUGUGCUGCUACACACGCAUCCUGCUCGAGAUCUCCCGGCGCAUGGGCUCCGGCCUCUUCUCCUCCAGGGACGUGCCGCUGCGGUGCUCUGGGAGCAACAUCCCACGGGCACGGCUGCGCACGCUGAAGAUGAGCCUGGUCAUCGUCUCCUCCUUCAUCCUCUGCUGGACCCCCUACUACCUGCUGGGGCUGUGGUACUGGUUCUGCCCACGGGCCAUGCAGCAAAAGGUCCCACCAUCCCUCUCCCACAUCCUCUUCAUCUUCGGCCUCUUCAAUGCCUGCCUGGACCCCAUCACCUACGGGCUCUUCACCAUCCCCUUCCAGAGGCGCUGCAGUUGUCCCUGCGGGCACAACCCUGAGCCUGAGCCACCCUCCUCAGCCACGGGUUCCUUCCACUGUUCGGCCUCAUCCCUGCGGGGCAGGCAGAGUACAGGGGGCAUGGAGGGGCCACAGCCACCUAUCGAGCUGGAGCUGCCUGUUGGGGCUAGUUCCUGCCAGAGCAGUGUGCUGUGAGCCAGGGCAGCCUGAUGCCAUGAAGAUGGCGCUCUGUGUCUGGAAGGGCACAACAGCGAGGGCAGGCGGUGGGGGCUCUGCUCCAAAAUGCUUCUGUAAGUGGUAGGGCAGAGCUGCUCCUACAGCCAGGUGGAUGUGAGCCACCCCUGUUCCCUCUCUGCACCCAUUUAUGUUACGUGCUGGAGCACAACACAGUAAUAAAGCAUCCUGUGGCCAUCUUGUGUUCUGCCUGCAUCCGUGGACGCGGCUGCACUGGGGCUGGGGAUGGGUCGUGUAGGGACACUGGCUUGUUGUCCCCAAGGGCAGGGUGGUUCUGCCAUCCCCACAGCGCUGCUGGGGGCUGCACAGAGCAAGCAGGGCUUGCAGUCCCUCUGCUCCUG